AUGACUCUCAAGGAGGUAAACGAGAAGGUUGAAUCUCACACCGCUGCAAUUGCCAAAUUACAGGCUAACUUCACCACCUUUUCAUCGGAUCUGAACUCAAAGUUUGAUUUACUGCUCAAGAGAUUCGAUUCCAUUUCGGAACCGGCUAGCACUUCUCACCAAGACUCUCAAUGGGAACCUUGUUUCUCAUCUGUUAAUCAACCACACUUUCAGCAUCAUCGUCUUCCUAAGCUAGAUUUUCCACGCUUUGAUGGGGAGAAUCCGAGAGCUUGGAUUCAAAAGAGUGAAAGGUAUUUUGAGCUUAAUGAUAUUGAGGAGCACAAGAAGGUAAAUAUAGCUGCUAUUUAUCUUGAAGGUAAAGAUGAAACUUGGUUUUUAAACUUUCAAGUUAAUAGACAUGGAAUUACUUGGCAAGAUCUAGCUAUUCAUCUCUGUGCACGCUUUGAAAACCCUAUUGAGGAGAAUUUUGUUGGCAGUUUUAAUAAAUUAACACAAACAUCUUCUGUGGAUGAUUAUUAUGAAGAGUUUGAAAUGUUAAAAACCUUAAUGUUGAAGAUGAAUCUGACACUUACUGAAGAAUACUUUGUAAUGAGUUUCCCCAGUGGCUUGAAAGAUGAAAUCAACAAAUCCAUUUCUAUGUUUCAUCCUAAAACAUUAGCAGAUGCCUUUUCCCUUGCCAGAUUACAAGAGCAGAAACUCACUCUUGCAACACCUACUACUAAGUCAUUUUCAAAAUCAUUUCAAGCUUCCUUCACCAAUAAUAGACAAUCCUCUUAUACCAAUUUUCCUCCUAAACAAAUUUUAACUUCUCCCAAAUAUGCUCCCAUCACUCCUAGGUCCUCUUUCACUAUGCCCACAAAAAUUCAAUCCCCAACACCUACUAUUAAGAGACUUACUCCUGAAGAAAUGAAUAGAAGGAGAGCUCAAGGGUUGUGUUAUAAUUGUGAUGAGGUCUACAAGACAGGCCACUUUUGUAAGGGCAAACAGAAGUUAUUCAUGCUACAAAUGGAUACUAAUGAACUGCAGGAUACUGAGGAAGAGGAGGAAGUGUUUGGAGAGACUAAUGAAUCACCAGUCCACUCUGAUGUGGAAAUUUCAGUACAUUCUCUCACAGGAACUGCAACAGGUGACACUAUUAGAAUUCCUGGUCUUCUCUAUAACAAGAAGGUCUCCAUUCUGAUUGACUCAGGCAGUACUACCAGCUUUAUUGACAGUGCUCUAGCAAGCUCCAUCCAGUGCCACAUUGAACCUACGGUACCAAUGCUAGUCACAGUUGCUAAUGGGGAAAAGACUGUAAGCACUGAUAAUUGUCCUCAUCUGACUUGGAGCAUGCAAGGUCACCAGUUUGUGGAAAGUUUAAGGAUAUUGCCACUAGGUGGGUGUGACAUUGUCUUGGGGGCUGAUUGGUUAAGAACUCUAGGUGAUGUUGUCUUUAACUUCUCGAAAUUAUCUAUUUCUUUUAAGUACAAAGGAAAGAAGAUUACAUUACAAGGCAUAUCUCCUAAGCCUUCCAUGUUAAUGAUGAGUGGUGAGGCAGUCAAGAAUUUUUUUACAAAGAAUUCUCAUGGAUUGGUGGGUCAUCUAUUUUCCAUUUCCACACCUACUUCUCCGCCUUCAACACCCCCUGAACUACUUCCUAUACUUCAAGAGUUUCAAGAUAUCUUUGUUGAGCCAACUCAACUUCCACCUCAGAGAAGUCUAGAUCACACAAUUCCUUUACAACCAAACGCAAUUCCUGUUAACCAAAGAGCAUAUAAAUGUCGUUAUAUGCAAAAAGGUGUUGUUGAACAUCUAGUUAAAAAGAUGCUUGACUCUGUCAUCAUUUAG